UGGCGAACUAUGGUGAUGAACUAUUAUUAUCUAUUAUGCAUGCAUGGUGGCAUUUUACAGAAAAAGAAAAAUCCGCCCAUCUACAUUAGUGCAAGCCACUGACUUCUUGAAAUUGCAGGGAAAAUAGACCGAUUCCAGAGCACUUACCCUCUGUCAUUCUUUCCCCGAAAUAAGAAAACUAUACGAAAUUACUGAAAUUGCCGUCCAUUCCUUCCUUUGUCGAUUGUAUUGUCUGUCCGUGAAAGACAGUCAGUCAAAGCUUCCUUUUUCUCGUCCCAGACCUCUGAAGGCGUGGUCCUGAGGGAAAAGCCCGGAUGUUCCCGGCUUCAUCUUGUGUCGUCAUUGUACUGAGUCGGCCAUCUGUUUUGGGUGACAUGGAAGAGAUCCGAAAUUGGUGGGAGGUACCAUCGAUAGCACACUUCUGUUCGUUGUUCCGCGCGGCCUUCGGAUUGACUGACUUCGAAAUCGAGGAUUUAGAAGAUGCACUUGUCAUUGAUGGUUCUAAUGAAGAGGGAAACAACCGAUUUUUGGCCGAUCUUCACGCUCGAUUGUUGAGGGGUUUAUAUGGAAUAAAGGACAUAACGGCCGAGAAUUUUGAACCAUAUCUGUCACAAGUUUUAAAAAUACGCUGGGAAGAUGAAUUAGGGAAGAGAAACCCGCUUGCAGACAAAGAAUACAGCAAACUUUCCACAAGAGAAAAAGUAGAAAUCCUUCACAACCUUUGUGAUUUCAGACUUGAUGUAGAAGAUGUUCCUGAGUUACUUAAGGGCUUAGAUGCAGACAGUUUACGUGUAGAGCCACUUGGAUUUGACGCUGAGGGCAGAACAUUCUGGUAUUUCUACGGCACCAGAUUAUAUCGAGAAGAAAAGCCUGAACAGUCGGACAGCAAAACUAACAAGAAGUCAAAGAAAAAGAAAAAGUUGGAGGCAAAAAAUAAGAAAAAGAAAGGGAAGGUGAAGAAGAAAAAGAAAGCCAAAGGAUCUUCAUCUGACUCAGAGGCCGACUCUGAAUCAAGUCCAAGCAGUGAACUUCCCAGCAGUGAUUAUGCUGACGAUGAAGACGAUAAUGAUGAUGAGCAAGACGUAGAUUCUGAGGGGAAGGAAGAUGCACAAAAGAAGCCAAGGCCUUCAUGGACUGUUGUCUGCUCCACGGAGGAGGAGUGGCAACAGUUAGCUGAAUCAUUCAAGAAAAGCAAACACAAAGAUGAAAAGAUGCUUUAUGAGACGCUUAGUGUUGACUUUGUUCCAGAGAUAGGCAAGAUGAUUGAGGCAAAGGAUAAAGCCAUGAGGAAGAAACUACUGAUGGAGAUGGCCCCUAGAAGAGCGUCUGAUAGAAUAGCUUCAAAAGUACAAGGUAAAGAGGACGAGGAGUCACAAGAGGAAAAUGAAAGACAGCGGGAAAGGGAAAGAGCAGCAGAGGAGAGAAAGAAGGAAGAGGAGGAGAGACAACGAGAGAAACAACAACAAGCAGAGAAAAGACAACAGGAGAGAGCAAGAAGAGCACGUAUGCGUGAAGAGAGACAAUGGUUAAUGGCUAGCGGUGAAUUUGUUCCUGAUGAAGUGAAAAUGAGCUUCAAUAAGGAAGAAGAAAACAAGGAUAGUGACACGGAAAGACGACCAGCCAGCACACGAAACAAAACAACAAUGGAGGGAGAGGACAUUGGUCUGGAGGAGAGAGACGAAGACCUCUAUACUGGAAUGUUUAAGGUUUUGGAUGCCUUGAAGAAGCAUAACAACGCGUGGCCUUUCUUGGAGCCUGUAGAGGAAUCUUAUGCGCCUCAAUACUAUGAAAUUAUAGAGGAACCAAUGGAUUUGUCGACCAUUGAACAAAAGCUUGAGGAUAGUAAAUACACCAGUUUGAAUGAGUUCACUGCAGAUAUGAAGUUAAUGUUUGAAAACUGUUUGGACUACAACGGGUCUGAUAGCAUGUACACGAAGAUGGCGAAUAGCCUCGAGGCCGCUUUCAACCGCCAGCUAAAGAAACACUUUCCUGAAGACGAUGACAACAGUGACGAAGAUUUUGAAGAAGAGCUUGCCAGGAAGAGCAAGAAGGACAAGAAAAAGCGAGGCGAGAGCGGCUCGGCACCCGAGAUUUUUAGAAAUACGCAUCACGCAGAUGAACACCCGUUUGCAUCGCAGAUGGGACCUUCUGGAAUGCAGUCAAUGUUUCCAAAUCACAUGAUGCCUAACAGCAUGGCAAAUGGUGGUAUGAUGCCCUCCCACCACCCCUCUAGAAUGCCCUUCCCAAGCCCUCCUCACUUUGCCCCUGAUGGCAGGCCUCUGUACCCCCCACAGUUCUAUCAGAAUGCUUUCAACCAAGCGGCCUUUGCGAGGUUUGGCAUGUCGCAGCCUGGACCCCAGUAUAACAGGUUUAGAUACCCCCAGGGGAAUCCUAUGGGGCAGAUGGGACAGCCGCCUCAGCCAUCGCCUUUCCCACCCCAGCGCAUGGCGGGAAGGAUGCCGUUCCAGUAUGGGAUGCCAGGUGCAAGCGGAAACAUGGAGCGGAAACCCAGGGAAAACGACGUGAACAGCCCUAACCAGGCAGAACAAGCCAAGCAGCUGUCUCCGCGACAAGCCGUUCCUGUCUCUACGUCAGGGGAACCCACUCCUUCCUCGGUCACUGGUGGUACUGAGAGAGGUCGACAUUCUCAACAACAACCUCACGGAGGCCCACCCUAUUACAGGCCACAGUCCUUUAAUCAGGCAUUCUUAGGCUAUCCUCGAAAUGGGGCCAUGCCUUACGGAGCCCCAGGAGGCGCCGGACCAUACGGUCAACCACCUAUGGUACCUGGAAGAGAGCCUUGGCGCAUAGACAGACGGACCCCAGAGACUGCACCGCAGAGGGCACCAUCAGCGGAGGGUCCCUACCGGGAGGAAGCCAAAGCCACAAACCCUCCUGAACUAUCAAAAGACCAACCAACAAACUUUGCUGGCGGCCCUCAAGUGGCCGGAAACUCAAGUGACAGCGAGGAAGAGGACAGUGAAGGAGAACAACAACAGAAAGAUCUUCAAACCAACGGCAGGGAAGAGUCAAGUGUUGAAGCAAUGCAGCAAGCCAAGAGUCGAGUUCCUGCCACGCUUUCCAUCAGCCACAUCUUAAGCGGUGCCUCUAGAGAUGAUCAACAGCAUCCAGAAGGCGCUAAAAUGAGAGAGGCGCCCGCUCCGCAGGGUGCACCUCAAGGUAUCCCUCCUAUGCACCCCACUGCCGCGCGACAGGUCAUGCGAUCACCAGACAACAGGGACCGGCUUGUUCCGUCAAACGAUCAUUUGAAUAGGGUGCCUGGAAAAGGGCCCUUUGAGAACGUUCCAGGACGAGCCUCGUAUGACAAUGUGCACGGACGAGGACCCUAUGGUAUUGCUCCGAACGAUGGUUUAGAAAGGGUAGGAUUAGGGUCCCAUGGGGAUCCUCGUCGCCAAGAAUCACAUGAACAUGCAUUUGGGAUGAAAUUUAACGAUAGAAAACUUUUAGGUAAUGUUGCGGAGAGUGUUAUUAAAAAAGCACCUCAAAAUAGCGCUUCUGACUCUAGUCUUUAUAGGAAAAUGCCAGAACUUAGACCGAUUAAGGAGAUUGAUGUUGAAGAUAAACAGUCCCGAGAAAGAACAAUGGAAAGUGUGUCUGAAAACGGACAUGUAGAGUCUGGUAACACGGAGGGUGUGCCCCAGAGGAUGCCCAGUGCAGAUAUGAACAAACAUCUGAAGGAAAGCGAGCGCUCUGCAGCACCGUACAAGGGUUGGCCUGGUGUUCAGCCAGGCAGCUUUCUUCAAGAACUUAACGACGCGGGACCGCCUACUGCAGGUAAUAUCGGAGACAAAUCUGAGUUGGAGAAAAAUCAUCGGCUGCCUUUUACGUCCAUGUUAAGAGGAAUCAGCCCUUCGCAAGGCAGUCCAGAAAACCGCGCUCAGUACCUGUCGCUGGAUGCAGCAAGCCGCGAACGGAUGAUGGCUGGGAAGUACCUGCACAGCCCUGAAGAGAAACACGAACGCUUCAAUCCUGGGCGCGCGGCUGAUAUGAGCGCGUACGCCGCCAUGUACGCGAACAAACGGUCGUCGGAGAUGAUGCCACCUCUGCAGUACAGACCGAACUUAUCCGCCAUGGCGCAUCAACGGAACAUGGAGUCCGCUCAAAUGCCUCCCGGGGCGAACUCUCAAUUUGUGGACCUGAAUUCCGUGCAAUAUCGUUACCCUUCAGGGCUGCCUGCUCGGGAGUCGCUCACAAGAGAACAGAUGUACUACUUAGAACAACAACAGCGCAGACAGCAGAUGGCGUCAUCAAUGGACGCCAUGAUGGCGGGGGGCCAGCCAGAGCGAGUGAUUGGUUACGGCGGGAUGCUACGUCAGCAGCAACUGUUUAAUGCUGCGUACGCAAGUCACAUGAGGAACGGCGAGUUUCCUGGAUUUCCAAAUGAAGAAAUCCCCGCUAAGAUGGCGAGAUUCAGUUGACAGGACACCCAUCGCUCAAACUUGAAGCAAGAUACAAAUAUUUUUCUCCAUAAAACUCGCGCAGUCCCAAUAGAGUCCCAAUACGAAAGAGUAGUAGGCAUAGUUCUGUAGUCUUAGCAGCGAACAGAAUGCAAGGAGUCAUUUUAAACUAGUGUUUUUGUAGUUAACGUUUACACUGUAAGUACCUGUGUGGUAUAAAUCUUAAGUCAAGAGUGCAUAGUUAAAUCUCUGUUAUCAGUUAGUCCACUAGCUUAAGCGAAAGCAAUAUUUCCAACGCGUCAAGUUAGUAGUAGUAGUAGAAGUCGAAGAUAGACUGACAGUGUGUAAAUGAAAUUAUAAAUUUUGGCUCGGCUCUGUAGGGGUUAUAGUCGGUGCUGAGUCAAACAUUUUUUCCUCAUCGGGCGUAACGUACUCGUUUAACAGUGAAAUGUGCUGUUUCUCAAUCACUACAUUCAUCUGCUGACAUUAAAAGAUGCAUCUCGCAGCCGUAAUGCUUUCGCACAAGGCAUAGAAGGCAUUCACUCCGAACUUUGAAUUUCAUUUCUGUAGGUUUUAUAUGUGUUUUCCGUCUUCUUUUGUUCUUGUGUUUUCUCGUCGACGUACUAUCUGAUUUCCGGACUUGAUUAGUUGAAUCUUCUUUAAACAACCCGACGUUAGUGACAUAAAAUUAAGGACUAUUUCCAAUGGCGAAUUUUUUAAAACCCUCGAAUAUUUGUAAGAAAUGACUACCAGAACUCGAACUUCUUUCGUAUUUAUUUUGUACCUUUGUAUAUUUAUAUUCUUCGAUACUAAAUUUGUAACAACUCAAACAAAAUAAAUAUUGAUUGUAAGAAACUACCUAUCUCGCUAUCGCUGGGAUAGCUGUUCAUAAGACAGUCAAACUCACUUUGCUAAUAAAUCGUGCAUUUUACUGCUAGUGAA